CGUAGCAAAUAAGGCAUUAUAUUUUUUGUUAACCAAAUUCGACACUCGCUCAUUGACCUCCAUACAAAAACGAAUCGCUUAGUGAGCGAAAAAAACGAAAAUACGCCGCCUGCUGGAGUAGACAGAUUUCGAGCCCAGUUAUAUCGCUCGCUUCGCCGCUUCAUCUCUGCCUACAUUUGAAGGCCCGCUACUAGCGCAACUUUAUUGUUAUUUCAACUGCAGACAGUCUCUUUACGAGUGCUUUGAAAUGCCGUUGCUCCAUCACAAAUGUCUGAAUUGUUUAUAGUAACAGUGCUCAUGUAGUGGUCUUUUAAUCUAUGAAAACCCUGCAAUAUAUAUUUUGGGACUUAAACUACACACCUGGACAUAAUUUGUGGCAAAAAAAAAGCAAUGCAGUAAGGGCUAUUUUUUAAUACUUUUCGCUGCAUAAUAAGGCCUCAUCGAUCCUCGGCCUUUCGUAAGGAUUUUAACCGAUUUCGAAUGCUUGGCCGGUGGCCUCUUUGCAGCAACCAGACAAUUAAAAUCCCGGUAAGAAAUGAUUUCGGACCGAUUUUCUGAACGUGCAACUUACAUAUAGGUGCCUAACCAUGGCCAAUACAGUGUGACAGGCACCUAGUCCCAGUGAAGUGACACCACCGUUAACCUGGCAAUGCCCUGUGCUGCUUCAGUACCCUCACCAUUUUAACUAUAUAUAUAUUCAGCACUCAAUGCAACCUUAACCUAUUUCUAAUUUAGACUAUCAAGUGUAGUGCUGUCCUCUUCUCAGUAGAUUUAGGCCUAACUGUCAGUCCGACACAGAGCAGUGCUAGUUCCCAUACACUCUCAGUAUGGCAUCUGUUCCAGUGUACUGCUUGUGUCGCCUGCCCUAUGAUGUCACACGCUUUAUGAUCGAGUGUGACAUCUGUCAAGACUGGUUCCAUGGAAGUUGUGUUGGAGUGGAGGAAGACAAAGCAGCAGAGAUUGACCUGUACCACUGUCCCAACUGUCAGGUCACCCAUGGGCCCUCUGUCAUGAGGAAGCGGCGUGGAGGAACCAAGCAGGCUGAUGCUGGAGCCACUGGAGGAAGAGACACUUCUGGUCGACCGGUAAAGACCGGCAGUCCACAGUUUGUCAGAGAGCUACGAAGCCGCACCUUCCCAAGUGCUGACGAGGUGCUGUUGAAGCCGUUGGGGGCCCAGCUGACUGUGGAGUUCCUGGAAGAGCGCUCCUUCAGUGUUCCUGUGAUGGUCCUCAGGAGGGACGGCUUGGGCAUGAACCUGCCCCCGGGGAACUUCGGAGUCAAUGACGUAGAGCACUACAUUGGUCCGGACAGGGUGAUUGAUGUGAUUGACGUGCCUCGCCAAGCUGACCUGAAGAUGUGUCUAGGGGACUUUGUAGAGUACUACAACAGCCCCAACAGAGACGGAGUCCUCAACGUCAUCAGCCUAGAGUUCUCUGAGACCAGGCUGUCCAAUCUGGUGGAGACUCCAAAGAUAGUGAGGAAGCUGUCAUGGGUGGAGAACCUGUGGCCUGAAGAGUCAGUGUUUGAGCGGCCCAACGUCCAGAAGUACUGCCUCAUGGGGGUCAAGGACAGCUACACAGACUUCCACAUCGACUUCGGAGGCACCUCUGUCUGGUACCAUGUACUACGGGGUGAGAAGAUCUUCUACCUGAUCUCCCCCACGCCGGCCAACCUGGCCCUGUUUGAGCGCUGGAGCUCCUCGUCCAAUCAGAACGAGAUGUUUUUCGGGGACCAGGUGGACAUGUGCUACAAGUGCUCCGUCAAACAGGGGAACACGCUUUUCAUCCCAACAGGAUGGAUCCACGCUGUGCUGACUCCUGUGGACUGUGUGGCCUUCGGAGGGAAUUUCCUACACAGCCUCAACAUUGACAUGCAGCUCCGAGCAUAUGAAAUAGAGAAGAGGUUGAGUACAGCCGACCUGUUCCGGUUUCCAAACUUUGAGACGGUGUGUUGGUAUGUUGGCAAGCACCUGCUCGACACAUUCAGAGGUCUGCGAGAGAACCGCAGACACCCUGCUACCUACCUGGUCCAUGGAGCCAAGGCCCUCAACAAUGCUUUCCGCACCUGGACACGCAAAGAGUCGCUGACUGACCACGAGGUGGAGAUUCCAGAGACCAUAGAGACUCAGCGUCUAGUGAAGGACCUGGCCAAGGAGAUACGACUGGUUGAGGACAUCUUCCAGCAAGGCCGUCCUGCAGCUCCUUUCACCUCUACACAGGGAUUCCCCACCCCCCUCCCCAAAGCCUCCCCUCUAGCCAUCUCCCGGAGUCCAGGCCGCCCCCCGGGGACGAAGAGAGGCCCCAAACCCAAGGAUGUGUCCCCCAGUCCCAAGAAGAAGGGUCAAAAGGGCUUAAUGAAAGAGGCAGGCGAGUUGGACCUCCUGGAGAUCCACACCAAACACACACUGAAGAAAUUCCAAUCUGGUAACAAGAAGAAAAAGAAGAAGUUAGAGCUGCCUCUGGAGGAGUUUGCAGGGAGAAUGAGCAAGAGCAAACUGAAACUGGUGCUGACCAAUGGCAAAAUACAGGGGAAGAAGGGUGGUCGUUCAGGCAGCAGUAACAGUGCAGGCCGUGCCACUCACUUCCAGCACCAUGCUGUGGGAGGGUCUACCAUGUCAGAUUUCGAGUCUGAGGACGAACUGCAGAUUGAUGAAACUCCCCCUCCACGACGCAAGGCUGGAGGAUCUAGCAAGAAGAAACUCAGUGGUCUCCCCCGGAAGCUACCAAGGGCCAAGCCUUGCUCUGACCCCCAUCGCAUCAGGGAACCCGGAGAGGUGGACUUCGACAUUGAAGAGGACUACACCACCGAUGAGGAGGAAUCCUUGACUGUCCAUGGAGUGAAGGGUGGAGCCGGGGGCAUCCUGGACCUGCUGAAGGCCAGCAAACAGGUGGCAGGGCUGGACUCCGCUCUCAGUGAGGAAGCCCCAGCCUCUCCCAGCACACAAGAAGCUAUUCAGGGCAUGCUCUCCAUGGCCAACCCUCCCUCCUCUUCCUCCUCCUCCUCUUCCUCCUCCUCUUCCUCCCCUCUCUCUGUCUCUGGAGGGCUGUCUGAGGGACUGGGAUUAGUCAAAGAGAAAGGAGGACGAGCCGUGUGGGUGACAGGAGCCAAUAAGAGCAGAGCAGGAGGGGGAAGCUCCUCUAAAGAGAAGAAAACGUUCCAGCGUCCUGGGAAACGGCCUGUCAAGCGGCCGGCCCGUCACCUUAGUGAUGAGGAGAGCACAGACGAGCAGGAGACUCUUGGUACCUGUUUUAAAGACGCAGAGUAUGUCUAUCCGUCCUUAGAGUCUGAUGAGGAGGACCAGGUCAAGAUGAAGAGAAAGAGGAACUGGGGCGACACUCCUUGGAGCCCCAAAGCCCGGGUGACCCCCACCCUGCCCAAACAGGAGCGCCCAGUGAGGGAUGGGGCUAGAGUGGCAUCUGUAGAGACUGGCCUUGCUGCAGCUGCUGCCAAACUGGCAAAACAGGAGAUCCAGAAACCCACCAAGAGGAAGUACACCAAAAAGCCCCGCCCCAUUGCCCCACCACAGCCCCCUCCUCAGGCCGAGCCGUCCCCUCCCUCCCCACCUCCAGCCCCGGAGCCUCCCACCCCUGACUUCAGCCCUGAGCGGAGGAUGGAGUGCUACUCUGCCAGUCUACUGGACCAUGAGUACACGGCGGGCCCUGGCCCGUUCGGCCCCGGAGGCCCCAGAGGGAGUGCUGCUAUGGCUCCUGGGGUGUUCCUCACCUCCAGGCGACCCUCCCUCUCCCCCCAGAACAGCAGCACUUACUCCCUCUCAGCAGCCUCCCCUGCUGGGCUAGCCAGCCCCGGCAGCGCUGGAGCUGGUGGAGGGAAACGUCCAAAGAAAGGACUUGCAACAGCAAAACAGAGACUAGGAAAGAUUCUGAAAAUACACCGCAAUGGGAAGCUUCUCCUGUGAGAGCUGCUUCGGGAGAUAUGGAUGGAGGAAGAUUUUUUUGAGGGAACGAUUCUCGGAGGAAAGAUGGAUGUAAAUUUAAAGAGGACUUGAAGGACAUGACUGUUUGAAACUGUUUGUUUAUUUUUUGUUCUAUAAUUCAACUUUUGUUCAUCUGGUGUCCUCACCUAAACCUGUCAUCCACUCAUGUUCUCACCCUAUACCCCUUCCCAUUGCUUGAAUCUAUAUAUAGCGCUUUUCUAGCGCUGAAAUAUUCACAUUCUACUUUGGUACUCUGCUUUCACAUUUGGUAUUAUUCAUACCUUGAUAUGAAAUAUAUUGAGAAGCAUCUCAACAUUUAGUUGGUCAUGCACCGCUCAGAUCAAUGGAAAAUGUAUGGAUCAAUUAAUGUAUAUGAUCUGUCUAAUCAUUGAAACCAUUUAACUUACAUGCAGGAAUCAUGUAUUCAUCAAAUUGGCAAUGAAAAAUGUCUGAAAUCAAUUUUAGUUGAUGAUAAGUUACAAUAUAACCCAUGAUAUGACCCAUUCUUCAUUUGACGUGGGUCUACUUUCUGUGUGCGCAAGUAUGCAUGCUUGAAGGCAACAGGGUGAAGGUUUUCAAUGGGAAAUAAAAGGGAAAUAAUUUAUUUCCUGACAAUCCAGUCAAAUGGGAUUUUGAGUUCAUCUUUAGUUUGAGAUUUACUAAUUUAGUUUGGGAUUAUUUAUUUUCAAAUAGCUUUUCUAUUUAUUUUGUGGUAGUA